GCCGCUUUGGGUUGUAGCGGACCGUCGGGCUGAACCGGACGUCGGACCUCCAGGGAGACAAAGUGGAUGAUAAACCGUCACGUUUUAUCGGUGUUAUUGUUUUUGGUCAUUUGUUCGGUUUAGCCUCUUCGGGGCUAAAUAAAAAGGCAUCCUGGAAGCACCCAGAGAACCGCGGAUAUCAACGCGGCAAGGAUGCUUCAUGAGUCGCGGCAGGUGUGAGGAGAUGGUGGGGGACCCUCCGGCAGCCACCGGCCGAGUGGUGCUGGUCAAGAAGAUCGUCAUGAAGGACGGAGCAGUGCCUCAGCAGGGUAUUGGCAGGCCCAGCGUGUAUCAUGCCGUGGUGGUCAUCUUCCUGGAGUUCUUUGCUUGGGGUUUACUCACCACGCCGAUGCUCACCGUUUUACACGAGACAUUUCCUCAGCACACGUUCCUGAUGAACGGCCUCAUUCAGGGCGUAAAGGGUCUGCUGUCAUUCAUGUCUGCUCCACUGAUCGGAGCCUUAUCGGACGUUUGGGGCAGGAGGUCCUUUCUUCUGAUCACUGUCUUCUUCACCUGUGCUCCCAUCCCCUUGAUGAGGCUCAGCCCCUGGUGGUAUUUUGCAAUGAUCUCCAUGUCUGGAGCUUUCUCCGUCACCUUCUCAGUCAUCUUUGCUUACGUUGCUGAUGUAACAGAUGAAAGAGAGAGAAGUACAGCCUACGGUCUGGUGUCGGCCACCUUUGCAGCCAGUCUGGUGACGAGUCCUGCCAUUGGGGCGUACCUGUCGGCCUGGUACGGCGACAAUCUGGUGGUUCUGCUGGCCACACUCAUUGCUCUGGCCGACAUCUGCUUCAUCCUCCUGGCCGUUCCUGAAUCUCUGCCCGACAAGAUGAGGCUCAACACGUGGGGAGUGCCCAUUUCCUGGGAACAGGCUGACCCCUUCGCUUCUCUGAGAAAGGUCGGCCAGGACUCCACGGUUUUACUGAUCUGCAUCACCGUCUUCUUGUCUUACCUGCCGGAGGCCGGACAGUAUUCAAGCUUCUUCCUCUACCUCAGACAGGUCAUAAACUUCUCCUCCACCACCAUCGCUGUUUUCAUCGGAGCGGUGGGCAUUCUGUCUAUAGUAGCACAGACUCUCUUCCUCACCCUGCUGAUGAGAACUCUGGGUAAUAAAAACACUGUUCUGUUGGGUCUGGGUUUCCAGAUCCUCCAGCUGGCCUGGUACGGCUUUGGAUCAGAGCCAUGGAUGAUGUGGGCGGCCGGUGCUGUAGCAGCAAUGUCCUCCAUCACCUUUCCAGCAGUCUCUGCUCUGGUGUCUCAGUCUGCUGAUCCUGAUAAACAAGGUGUUGUCCAGGGGAUGAUCACUGGGAUCAGAGGUCUGUGUAACGGUCUUGGUCCGGCUCUGUACGGAUUUAUCUUCUUUCUUUUCAACGUGGAGCUCGACACCAUGGACCCCAUCCAGGCAGACUACAACAUCGACCCGUUGCCUCUGCACAGUCCCACCGAGCGAGCGCUCAUCCCCGGGCCGCCCUUCCUGCUUGGAGCCUGCACCGUGUUCAUUGCCUUCAUCGUCGCCCUCUUUAUUCCUGAAAAAGUCUGCUGCUCCUCCUCGUCCGAGCUCUCCCUCAGCGAAAAGCCUCGUCCAGACAGUAAAGAGUCCAUGUCCUCGCUGGCUGGAGUCCACAUCAACACGCCGCUCCCUGGCAGCGACGAAGACAGCCCUCCCACCGCCAGCGAUGAGGACUUCGAGCCGCUGCUGCACGACAGCAUCGUUUGAAGGACAGAUAGACCGCAAACACCACGAUUUUAUGGACAUUUUGUUACAAAAGCAGAGCGGGUACGUUUUUUUUUUUUGCCAUGGGGCUGUACUAAGUGUACUUUUAUUGUCAGAAGAUUGUGAUUGACAAGAAGAAGCUCCUCUGCAUUGUCUCUUUCCCCGGGACUAACAUUUAGGUGUUACGGCAGGAAAGAUGCUUCUUUAAUGUUGAAGCGCUAUCUAACAGCUCCUGGAUGAAGAGCAGAAAACGACCAUCUGACCGACUGGAAGGGGGCGGGGCCAACAGGCCGUUGUUUGAGUGAAGGACCAGCUCUUCUUUUUUAUGUUUUUAAUAGAAAGAUGUGAUAACAUGUUUUGGAUUGGCUCACUUUAAAUCACAUACAUGGAAAGAGAAGUUUGAAGUUUCUGUGGAAUGAUUUUUGUUCAUUUUAGGUUUAAAGUUAUUUUUGUGAUUUAGUUGUACCUUUUGGAAGCUGUGCUAAAUGCUGUGGUUUAUUUGGACAUUUUUCAAAAGGAACAUUUAAGGCAGCCAACCUGUCAGUGUUGAUUUAUUCUAUAUUAUUAUUAUAACUUUGUUUUUUGUAAGAGUUUUUGUUUUGUAAGAGGUUUUUAUUCUAUCAAAGUGCACCGUAUCUUACUUGCUAUUAGCUAUCAAUGCUAACUGUGUAUGACUGUGAUGAGCUUGGAGAUGAAUCGGACCUCCUGAAAUUCAGCGUGUCACUUUUAGGUUUACCUUCAACGCUGAAGAACAAUGACAACGCCUCAAGAACAUCUGAAGUACAUACAUUCUGGAUAAUAUAUAAAUAAACCGAAAGAUACCAAAUUAAUACCAAAAGACUAAAAAAUGAGGGGAACUCAAAUGAGAACCAGUUUCUUUUUCCUUUUAGUUUCACCAGUUAAUGUCCUCAUUAGUACCUCUACCUCUCAAUAUAUGCAUUUUAAAAAUUACUUUCAGCCUGAAUUUUCUUUUUGCUGUAUUUUUAUAUCAGAGUUACUUUAUGAAAGUGCCACUAGCUACUGGCAGUGGAAAAUCUUCUCAGAUUUGAAGAAAAACCAUGUUUUUCAGCUCCUGAUAGGUCAGGCGUGACUAAUUUGACAUUAACAUGUUGCUCAUCUGAGGUUUUCUCACCUGGUAGCAGUGAUAUUUCCUGUGAAUAAACUUGUACAUGAAGAGAUUUGUGAGAGCUUUAUAGGAGAUUUCAACAAAUCCUGAAAGAGUUUAAGAGAUAUAACUGCCCGCGUGUACAAAGAUGGCUGUUUCUUGACUUAAAAUGUAAAUGCACUUUUGAAUGACAUCCUAGUUUGUAUGUAGUGUAACUUAAGUGUUGCAUUGGCUUUUCAGUGUAGAUUCUUUCAUCCCGGACACAGAAAUCGAGAACAAUUUGACUUCUUUUUCUGGUUCUUGAAAACGAGAAGCCUUUUUUGCUGUGGAGGCUGACAUGAAGGUUUUCUUGAGGUGCGUGUAGCUCAUUGGUACAGUCGUGGAUGAGAGUUGAAUUCCUUUUGCAGCUAAACGUUAUGUAACACCAACAUCAUGUCUUUUGUCCAUUUUAAAUUACACUGACAAAUUUUCAUCUGUGAUCAGUUUAUUUACAUAAACACUUUUUCUGUGUUUGUCAUUUUGGUUCAUGUCAUCUACAUGAAGCAAAGAAAAACUUGGAUUUUGAAAUCAAAUUCAACAGCAUUGCUUCUUUUCUCUUGACACUUGAGUCUAUAAUGAACUUUCUGUCCCACUUUUCUGUUGCUUGUGUUCCUGCAGCUGGAACAUAGGAUCAGUAACAGUAUAUGAGCACAUGUUAUUUAAUUUUUUUAAUUUUUUUUGUUCUGUUCACUUAUUUAAGCAGCAAUUAAACAGUCAACAAUGUAAAUAUUGUAUAUCAUAUGGAUGUCUGUACCUGUAAAGAAAUGAGAUGUACAAGGGUCACUGUUGAUAAAUUGUCUGUCUCGUCUGGAUGUGUACAAGCCAGUUGUUGGUUAUUGGAUAUUAAACAGUUCAACCAUGUUUUA